AUGUCGAAUGAAACCUCCAACCGACCGAUUCCCUUGAUGUGUGCCGACGUCAAACUGUUCAGUCCUGAUGAUUCAUCGCAUCAUGUCACCGUAACAGCUUUUCUUGAGUCUGGUUCUAGCAUUUCCUAUAUCACGGAUGAACUGGCGAGUAUUCUUGAUCUACCUGAUGUCACAACCGAGACAGUUACUGUUUCGACCUUUGGAGAAAGGACGCCACGAAGAAUGAAAUGCUCGGUUUACAGAGUGGGGAUAGAAACCGAGAAUGGUGCCAAAUGUUUGACGGUGAAAUCUACUCCCUUCGUGGUUGAAGAUGUAGCACAAAUUGUACCCGACAGCGACUUAUCCGUAAGUUCUUGUAACCCAUCGAUACUGAUUGGAAAUGAUUACUUCUGGGACCUCAUACUCUCACACAAUUUCUACUACAAGAACUUGUCCGAAGGGCAUCGCCUCCUUCACACUACGAUCGGCGACAUCAUCCUGAACAAAGCCCUCGAUACGAGAUACAACGACUGUAGCCUCGUCUCUGUCGAAAAUAAUGAUAUGGCAAAUCCAGCACACCACAACGAUUUAUGUGAAAUG